AUGGCUUCGGGACAGCUUCUCCAGCGACCCAUUCAAUUGAGGCAUGAAGAUGAAGAUGAAGAGGAUGUGGAGCUAGAGUCUCGUGACCAGGACUUGAGCAGUCAAACGCAGUCAGAGAGUGAUGAUGCCUCCGUCGGGAGCAACUCGCAGUCUGAAAACGAGGAUGACGCCCUCUCAUCUGGGUUAGAAGCCGGCGACGAAGUCCCUCUCGGUGAUAUCAGCUUCGGUGCCCUGGCGAAAGCUCAGGAAACCUUCGAUGCCAAACCUCGGAAGCGAAAAUUUGCGGAGAGCUUGGAAGAGGCCUCACGGGACCACAGGGAAGCAAACCGGGAAGACUCGUUCGAUACGCGCAAAAGAGCCAAGGAGGCGCGGAUUGAUGCGCCCAGACGAACAUCAAAACAUGCCCCGACCGUCGAAUCGGCGCGGAAACCGGUGUCGCGAAAGAGGAUCAUAUUCGAGCCAUCCCCUGCCCUGAAAGCGCGAGAUCCUCGCUUCGACCCCACCGUCAUGUCCGCAAACCGGGAUAGAAACGCCACGGAGAAGGCAAACAAGAACUAUUCUUUCCUGUCCACCUAUCAAGCCGACGAGGUUCUCCAGCUCAAGGCUCAAAUCAAAAAGACCAAGGAUCCUGACGCUGUGGCUGAUCUGAAGCGACAGGUCAUGUCCCUGGAAUCCAAGAUCCGCAAUGCAGAGGCUCAGCAGCGCGAGAGGGAGAUCCAGAAACGACACAAAGAGAGGGAAAAGGAGGCACUUCGCACGGGACAAAAGUCGAAGCCAUACUAUCUGAAGGAGGCGGAUAUCAGGAGGCUUGCCAAGGAGGAGAGACUGCAAAGCCUGGGCAAAAAGGUGCGGGAUAAGGCGGAGAAGAGACGGAGGAAGAGGGAAAAGACUAAAGAAGCACGAGAUAUGCCCCGGGUCAGACGUGAGCGAUAG